CCGAAGGUCGCAGAAACCAAAUUUGUUUACGCUACGCAUCGCGGCCAGCGAUUAAACACGAAUUAAUCGAGCGUUGAGUUUCGGUGGGCGUAAAAAUUUAAUCACUAGUGGUAUAUCGCAUUAACUAUACAAGUUACACACAGUGGAACGUCUAGUAAAUUGCAGUGGUGGCAGUUUCACCACACGCUCGAUGUUGCUUUGUGCGCCGCUAAAGCUAAACGUCAUCAAUCCGAAGCGCGUUGAAUACAAGCAUAAAAACAGCGGUGUUAUUCCUACCGCUAAUGAAUUAAACCGUGAAUUGUCUAGUCAGUAAGAACCUAGACAAAAUCUUAUUCACAACCGGUGCUCCAAUAGAGAUUUUCAUUCAAAAGACUUAAUUUCUUUCUUAUCAGUGAGAAAAAUUAUCAUUUAUCAUGUUAACAACCGACGAUAUACCGAAUUUCAACGAUUAUAGUUUUAAUCAGUCGCCGGAUUCAGGUUUAUCGUUCACUUCAGAAUAUCCAGAAUUAGGCUCAGAAGAUGAUUUCCUGGCCCAGCUCUCUUCAGACUUAGACAUUCCAUACCUUUUGAACCCAACCACAGAGAAUGGCAUCUAUAAUUCAUACCUCGACCGCUCUACAGACGAGAUUCUCAGCGAAAUCACAUCACCAAGCCCACGCAGUGAUAACCAAGACUCCGAGGAUGUCCUUGAUACACUACUUAAAGAAAUCAAAUGUGAGCCAUUGUACAAUUCAUCAUCACCCACACCUUCACAUUCCAGCCAUUCAGGUUCUGAAGACAUUAAAAUGGAUUUUAAAGAAGAACUGGAGACGCCGCCGAUCUCACCGGUAUCACAAACCAAUUCCAGUGUGUCUAGCAAUAAUCCCCCAAGCAAACCUCUACAAAUUAGAUUCGUGCAUAGGAAUAAUAUGCAUGCAAACACGCCGUACAUAAAAGUAAAUCAAAAGAAUUUAAAAAAUAUUAAUUUAAACGCGGUAAAUGCGAAUACAAAUACAAAAAAACCAAAUGUUGUGGUUUUGGAACACUUGAGAGCUAUGCCAGUGGCAAAUGUGCCGAUUCCGAAGCUACCCUUGCCUACACUGACGACAAAAGCGAAUAUUUCUAAUAUUAAUAGUAUUAACGGUAUAAGUAUUCCUAUUAUUUCGUCACAAUCGGUGCCACAGAUUUCUAAUUUGAAUGGAAUUGAUGCUAAAGCUUUGAAACGUCAACAGAGAAAUAAAAAUAGAGAAUCGGCGAAUUUAUCACGAAAAAAGAAGAAGGAGCAUCUAAUGCAGCUUGAACAACAAGUUGCUGAGCUUACAGAAGAGAAUGAAAAGCUUAAAAAGGAAAAUGCAGAAUUAAGAGAAAGAUUGUCUUCUUUCGCUGGAAAACGUAUGAUAAAUGGCGUCCAAGGGAAAAACGCGACGAAAGGCAUCAUUAUCUUCAUAUUUUUAUUCACUGUCGGUUUCAACAUGGAUUAUUUCAGAACAACAUUACCUUCGGAUCGUUACUUGGCUAACAAUAUAAAAGAACCACCGAUUGGACAUCACAACGGCCGCCAUUUGUUAUGGGAGGAGCCUGUGUCAACCGAAAACAAAACAUUGCAGUCGUACACGCGGAAUUUGACGAUUGUAAAUGUAAAUACAACGAAUAAUUCGUUUGUGAGUGAGAAUAAAAGCACGACGCCAUUGCUCAUGUGCCCAACGCCCCCUACAAUAGGUACACCUUAUUUUAACCAGACGGAAAGUGUUCGUCUGGCGGCUGAGUUACAUCGAUGGAUAGGCAAACCAUACAACACUACAAUCGAAGAAUAUUUCACUGCGCCUGCGCCGAAAAAGACUAAGAAGGUGAAAACUAAAUCAAAACUACGGAAAUUACAAGUAAAAGAACAAAAACAAGCUGAGUUAAGUCUCUAUAACCUCAAAAGAAAACAACCGGAAGAUUUUUCGACUUCUGGUAGUGUGAAUGAAUUGCAAUUAUUCGAACCGACAGAAUUUGCGGAGUUUUUCGCUGCGAUUAAUCGUAAAGAUGACACAUUUUACGUUGUGUCCUUUAGUCCAGACCAUUUACUCUUACCGGCUUUAAAUCACAACAAAACACGCCGCCCGAAAAUGUCGUUAAUAUUCCCAGCUGUUUUAGCUAAUGAUACAACCUCACCGCAAUCACAAGUCUCGCUCAUGCAGAUCGACUGCGAAGUGCUGGACACUCGCAUGAUUAACAUCCGCUCGGGUGCGAUACCGUUACACUUACGUAAUCACACCGUGCAUGAAACAAGCAACACGCGCGAUAACAACGUGAGCGAUAGUUCUACGAACGCGCAGGCGAGACACUUCGAAGAGGGCAGUUAUCGGCCGUAUUUUAUGAAGAAGACGAAGAAUACGAAGGAUAAUCAAUACCACGUCACGCAUACAGGGGGUUAAAACACAAAUUACACAUAGAAAUUAAUUACGUACGUGAAUUUUGUACAAAUUAGAGAAUAAGCUGCGAAAUUUUGCACUUUACAUUAAUAUUUUGAUAAUGUGAUAUCAAAUGUCAUCACUGUUUAUUAUUCUCUAAUCAAUUGACAUAAUUUUUAUCAUGGCGACCUUAAAAAGUUUAAACAAAAAUCGUAAAAUUAAUUUUUAUAUUUGAACACUCUGUAUAAUGAUUCAUUUUGAUAAUGUGAUAAUUAAUAUCGUCACGGUUGUUUACUUAUUAAUCAUUAAUCGAUGAAUUAAGGUGAAUACAAGGUCGAGCUACAGAAAAACCUUGAUAAAAUUAACAAAAACAAUGAAUAUUCAUUUGUUUUUCUCGCUAAACUUAGACUUAACCUGAUAAACUUAAAAUUUAAUGUUGCGUUUGCGUAGUAGUCACUGUGAUACAAUAAAAUUGCUUAAAAUGUU